UUGUGUUUACAGGUGCAGUCAACCAAAAGAGCAGAUCCUGCUGAGCUACGAAAUAUUUUUUUGCAGUAUGCCAGCGUUGAGAAAGAUGGUGAGCAUUACAUGACCCCAGAAGAUUUUGUGCAGAAAUACCUAGGACUUUAUACAGAUCCGCGUUACAAUCCUAAAACAGUGCAGCUGUUGGCUGGAGUGGCAGAUCAAACAAAGGAUGGGUUGAUUUCCUAUCAAGAAUUUUUGGCAUUUGAAUCUGUUUUGUGUACUCCAGAUGCAAUAUUCAUUGUUGCUUUUCAGUUAUUUGACAAGAGUGGCAAUGGAGAAGUAACAUUUGCAAAUGUCAAAGAAAUAUUUGAACAAACUAUUAUUCAUCUUCAAAUCCCCUUCAACUGGGACUGUGAGUUCAUUCGACUGCAUUUUGGACAUAAUAGGAAGAAGCAUCUUAACUAUUCAGAGUUCACUCAGUUUCUUCAGGAGCUGCAGUCAGAACAUGCAAGACAAGCCUUUGCAUUGAAGGACAAAAAUAAAAGUGGUAUGAUAACUGGGCUGGACUUCAAUGACAUCAUGGUUACCCUUCGCUCGCAUAUGCUAACUCCAUUUGUCGAAGAAAAUUUAGUUUCAGUAGCUGGUGGAACUGUUUCACAUCAGGUCAGCUUCUCCUAUUUCAAUGCAUUUAAUGCCCUUUUGAAUAACAUGGAUCUUGUUAGGAAGAUAUACAGUAAUAUAGCAGGUACAAGAAAAGAUGUUGAAGUCACAAAAGAGGAAUUUACCCACUCUGCAAUCCGAUUUGGGCAAGUUACACCACUGGAAAUAGAUAUUCUCUACCAACUUGCAGAUUUAUACAGUGUUACUGGGCGCUUAACUUUGGCAGAUAUUGAGAGAAUAGCACCGCUGGCUGAAGGUGCAUUACCUUACAACUUGGCAGAACUCCAGAGGCAGCAAGAGUUUGGAGAAUUAGGCAGGCCUAUCUGGCUCCAGGUAGCUGAGUCAGCUUACAGGUUCACUUUGGGCUCAGUUGCUGGCGCUGUUGGUGCUACUGCGGUAUAUCCCAUAGACCUGGUGAAAACUCGUAUGCAGAAUCAGCGCUCCUCUGGUUCAGUCGUAGGAGAGUUGAUGUAUAAAAACAGUUUUGACUGCUUUAAAAAGGUUUUGCGUUUUGAAGGCUUUUUUGGUCUUUACAGAGGCUUGUUACCACAGCUGAUAGGUGUUGCUCCAGAAAAGGCUAUUAAGCUAACUGUUAAUGACUUUGUCAGAGACAAAUUUACUAAGAAAGAUGGUUCCAUUCCACUCCCUGCAGAGGUCCUUGCUGGAGGCUGU